AAGUUAGUACAUAAAAAGUUUUAUUUCAUCCUCUUUUUCGAAUUCGACGCACCGGAUGCAUUCAUAUCACCACAAUUAUUCGCUGUGAAUCCACGUGGGGAUAUGAUUUACUCGGUGAAAAUUGGCAUGAGACUAGCAUUGGAUCCGGAUACUCGAGAAGCUGUCAUGAUACUGACGAAUCGUCUGAUUUGUCGCUGUUCAAUACGUACUGGAGAGAACAAAACCUUUAUGAUUGACAGCGACAUCACACCCGACGAACUGCGACAGUCCAGCGAUUUUUAUCUACUUGCAGACAACAUUGCCGUCCUACUAACUUACAAUGUUGAAAACUACCAAUUCUCUCAACACGUUCUCUUAUUGAGUGACAUUACCGAAAAUGCAACGGUGAUUAUGAAACGUACGAUGACUCUGCCAGCCCUCAACUCUGGCCUUACCGUUGAUAAGACAAUUCGAACGAUUUCUUGUAAACCCGGGGUUGAUCUGACCUUGUCUACAGCUACUUUCCUUAAACUUUAA